GAAGUGUCAAACUAGUCAAGCAUCAAACACAACAUACUUGACAUUUAUUGGCGAAGUUUCUUUGUGUGCCAAAUGUGCUUUGAAAAUCACGUAUCAUUGUCUAAAAUAUGGAAUUUAGUAUUUCGUUCGUUAUUUUGAGCGUUUUUACACUGUUUUCAACUAUUUAUUUUUGAUGCAAUAUUCUAAUAAUCCCUUUUAUUUUAAACCGUAUGCCAUUGCCGAAUAGUUCCAUAGUAAAAGACAUCCAAAUUGGGAAUAGCACAGAAAAUUCGCAUACACAGAAAAAGAAGAGUUUAUUAAAAUAAGAUAUAUAUUUGGUCGUACUGGUAAAAUUACGUGAUCGCUAUUAUCACAAGAGAAACUUUCGCCAAAUUGUGAAUCAGAAGUUUAUCUGCACUAGACCGAAAACAAAAUUAAAAUUUCAUCGCAAAAAUGAGCUAUUGGUCAAAACUGCGGAAUUUCACAGCCAUCGCUGUUGGUUGCGGUACUGGAAUUGGCGUUUACUUAUAUUUAAAUCGAAAUCGUGAAGCACUCGUUUAUACCUCAUGGACAACCAAUACAGUGGUGCCGCCAGAGGCCAAAUGGGACUUCAAUUGGGAUCAUCGUGAUCCAGCAAGUUUGGUAAAACCAUUAAAAUCCAAAGCAACGCCAGAAGACGAGAAUAAGUACAAUGAACGUUUGGAAGCGGUGAAGCCAACGGCUGUGCGACACUUGAUACUCAUUCGCCAUGGACAAUACAACUUGGACGGUGUAACCGAUGCGGAUCGUUUCCUAACCGAAAUUGGUCGCAAGCAAGCGGCCUAUACCGGUGACCGUUUGAAAUUGUUGCAAAUUCCCUUCGAUAAAAUGGUUCGAUCGACAAUGACGCGUGCCCAAGAGACGGGAAAAAUCAUAUCAACGCAGGUUGCCAACAUACCGAUCGAAAACUGUUCACUGAUCGAAGAAGGUGCUCCGAUUGCACCGCAACCACCGAUUGGCCACUGGCAUCCAGAACCACAUCAGUUUUUCCAAGAUGGAGCUCGCAUUGAAGCCGGCUUUCGCAAAUACUUUCAUCGGGCUAGUGCAAAACAACAGAAUGACUCAUACACAUUGAUCGUUUGUCAUGCCAAUGUCAUUCGGUACUUUGUUUGUCGCGCACUUCAAAUCCCCGCCGAAGCUUGGUUGCGAAUUUCCCUGAAUCAUGCAUCAAUUACAUGGAUUUCAAUCCAACCAUCGGGCCGUGUCACACUCCGUUUGCUUGGCGACUCCGGUCACAUCCCACCAGAACAUGUUACAUCGAGAUGAAUUUGCAUUUUUUUAAUCGAAAAUUUAUAUAUAAUUUGAACAAAAAAAUACAGAAUUGACUGCCGACACCCGAACAGAAAAAUAAGUAUUGAUCACAAAUUGUAUUUAACGUAUGGAUUAGUCAUUUGUCGUGGUUUCCGUCAAAAUAAUUAUGUAAUAAAGUGACCAAUCCAUUUUGUUGAUGGUAAAA